AUGGGGACCCCGCAGCUUCUGAAAGCGUAUCAGUUUCUUCUGUUUCUGGCUCUUCUGAUCGUCAAUGUAACACGUCCAUUCGUAUCGUACUUCUUCCGUUCAGUCAAACCAAUUCCUCGAAUCUGCUCAUGCACGGAAAAUUGUGUAAACGCGAACUAUUUCGUUCUCUCUCUUCAACUCUGCUUCGACGUUUUAAAUUUCGCCAUGACCUUCCUCAUAAUCUGGUCUGCAAUAAAAAGUACUGCAAAAGAUGAAAAAGUGAAUGUUUCCUGGAUGGUCGCUCUUAAGUUCCUCAACGUCUUCGUUUGCUGUUUUACCGAAUUGGCGGUCGAAUUAGACUUCCUGUUCAGUCCUGGAGUUUUCGUAACAUACAACAUCAUUGCCUUCAACUUUCAUUUUGUUGUUGAAUUCUUCAUCAUGCUAUUCGUCGUCAACUACCUCUUGAAAUUUUUGGAAAAACAAAGAAUCUUGAACAUUCUUCCGGAGGUCAUGAAACCAGGACCACAGCACGAAUGGAUCUUCUUGGCCCCUCCAGCUGGCCAGGAAAUCGUGUACUACGACUUGGCACCAGUCUCCCAGUCAAAGUCGGCCAAAGUCGUCCAGCCAGUACCAAAGGAUGCGAGAUCCGAGUCACUCCGUGUUUUGGAUCAAUUUGUCGUGGAAAUGUUCCACUGGAUCAGCUGCUUCGAAAUUUUCAACGCUCGUCACCAAUUGAAGACAUUUCGUCCAGGCAUGCGCCUCGAGGACUACCAAGACCUAAUCUAA